GGAUUUGCGGGCGAAACCCGUCUAAUCUGCGCAGGGUUGAGCCGUCUUUCUGGGUAUCCCGAAGGUUUAAGCGGGAACGCGUUUGUACCGGGGGAAUUUGCUAAUCCCAUUUUUCUCAGGCGGGGGAGGAGGGCCCUUUCCUACCGCCUUCCUGCUGCCCCCGGGCGGAUAAAUCUCUCGGAAGGGCAGCCGAGCUAAUGACAAGUUAAAAAGAAACGUACGCUGGUUCCAGAUGUGGAAGCAGUUGCAGAGCACAAUAUGUCACAGAAAGCCGGUGGGUCCGUUCGUGAAGAUGAGGCAGCUCAGAGAUGAAAAAGAGGAGGGGAAAAUAAAUAAUAAAAAAAAACAAAGUAAAAGCACACAUCUCCCCAAACCCCUUCUGCCUAAUCCAACUGAAUUAGAGGAUUUCGAAGUGGAUUUAAAACUAAAUCUUGAUUAGGGAGAAUUUCUCUCCAAGAGCUGCUGCACGGUGGUAUUAAUGGGAAGUGAUCGUGGACAGAGGAAAUAGGACAGAAAUAACCGAGGGUAGCACAUACGCACUCACGUCUGUGCAGGAACGGAGGGAGCCGGCGAAUUUCUCAGGAGGAAAAGGGAGAAAUUAAGCAUCGACGUCGCCAGACUGGGGGCCACGGGGGGCAGCCAGAUCCCUGCUGCACCCCGAGUUCUGGGGGAGGGUUUGGCAGGUGAGAAUCAAGCGAGGUGCACGGCCUGAGGGGUGGAAGAGCUGGAGGAGAGGUGGUGUCUGCCCCAGACGCUGGUGUUCCGUCCUCCGAGCCCCCAUGCUCUCAGGACACAUGCCUGGAGGUGCCCAUGGGAUCCUCUCGCUGUUGACCGUCGUCUUCGUCCUCCCAGAGGUGUCCGGACUCCAGUGUUAUGGCUGCAACAUUAUCGUUGGCACCAAAAACGUGGACAUGGGGUGCUCCAACCCAGAGGUGAUCACCUGCUCCCACUCCCACCAGGGCUUCAAACACCGGUUCUGCAUUAAGACAGAGAGUGUGGUCCUGGGCAUCCUGCUGACCAGCGGCUGUGCCACCUCCCGUCACUGCCAGCAGCAGGAGCUGCCGGGGGUCCGCAUCCACUGCUGCGACACAGACCUCUGCAACGGCUCCCCCCAAGCCCCCCGGCCACCCCCUGGCCUCGCUGGUGGCCACCUCCUGCUGCCCUGCAUCCUCGCUGCGCUGCUCCUCUCCUGAGCCCCCCAUGACUGGGGCGAGGGGGGAAAGGGACCCUCGGGGGGGAGGCUGGGACAGGGAUGUCCCCAUCCUUGCUCUUACAGGUGGGCAGGAUGCCCUCCUCUCCCUUCUCCUCAAUAAAAGGUGCCCUGGAAAGGUCUCAGUGAUGCCCUGGAAAGGUUUCAGUGAUGCCCUGGUGGUGGGACUG